UAGUAUCUCGUCGGUGACUGUACUUUGAUCGGUGUCGAAGCGGGCUGACAAGCUGACAUGGUUUAUUGCACAAUGAAUUGUUUAAGUUUAACGUUGAUGAUUUUUAUAUUUUCUUUACACAAGAAAAGUUGGUGCGAUCUACCCUUGAUUUAAAUGCGUGAUUGAGAUGACUAACAUACGCGGACUUCGAUUCUCAUUAGGGUUCUGGUUUGACGUUUUGCUUCGUGUCUUUCUGGCAGUGCUAUUCGUGGAGCUGGAAAAAGCAGAACCAUUUACAAGAAAAAUUCACGAAGACGAGCUGUGGUUAUAUAGAAAUCCAAGAACAGACUCGUUUGUUCCAACUACAGUAUUAUGGCCUCUUGUAUUUAUGAUGCCGAUCGUUGUUAUUUGCUUUUUUUUUAUAAUGCACAAAGAUAAAGUCGAUUUUCAGCAGUCAGUAUUAUCUGUAACGUUAGCCCUAGGAUUUAACGGUCUUAUUACAGACAUUUUAAAACUUAUAGUGGGUCGCCCAAGGCCAGACUUUUUCUGGCGAUGUUUUCCGGAUGGACAAAUGAAUCCGGGAUUUAAAUGCACUGGAGAUCCAGUUGUUAUUAGAGAUGGAAAGAAGUCAUUCCCAAGCGGACAUUCCUCAUUUGCGUUCGCCAGUUUCGGCUUCAUCGCCUUGUAUUUAGCUGGAAAAUUACAUACAUUCAGUCUGGCGGGAAAAGGACAAUCAUGGAAACUGUGCACAUUCUUUUUGCCAUUUUGCAUCGCCCUUACUAUCGCAUUAAGCAGAACGUGCGACUAUCACCAUCACUGGCAAGACGUGGUGAUAGGAUCAGUAAUAGGCUACUGCUUAACAUAUGUCUGUUACAGACAUUAUUAUCCUCCAUUAGAUUCGCCAUAUUGCGAUAAACCGUACGUCGCGCUUACAUUACAAGUUCAGUCAGACACUGUCAGAUCUAAUAAGAACGAGCAAAUUAAAUGGAUAUAAAAACAUCAGGAAUAUUACUGCGCCAUAUAUAUUAGGUG